UCCAAGAUGGCUCUGUUACUGCCAAUCCUCCUGGCUGUAUUGGCUUCUAUUCUCGGAGGUCUCUACAUGUUGGGAAUGUUCCGGAAGAGGAAACCCAAUGAGCCACCACUAGACAAAGGGACCAUCCCGUGGUUAGGAUACGCCCUUGAGUUCCGUAACAACUCAGCCGCCUUCUUGCAGAGGAUGCAGAAGAAACACGGAGAAAUUUUCACAGUUCAGAUCGCCGGCUAUUACUUCACCUUUGUGACAGAUCCGCUCUCCUUUGGUACCAUCGUCAAGGAAUGCAAGACAAAGCUGGACUUUGAGCAGUUUGCUACAGAGUUGGUGGCCCGGGUGUUCGGCUACCAUUCUGGACCCAGUGACCACAAGAUGCUGGAGAAAUCCAGCACGAAGCACCUCAUGGGUGAUGGUCUUGUAAUCAUGACCCAAGCUAUGAUGGACAACCUGCAAAACCUGAUGCUCCACGAAGUUGGACCCGGAAACGGUGAAAGAAAAUGGUGUCAAGAAGGGCUUUUCCACUACAGCUACAACAUUGUCUUCCGAGCCGGCUACCUGGCUUUAUUCGGCAAUGAACCAGGUAAAAGCAAGGAUGGGGCGGAAAUGGCCAAGAAGCUUGAUCGCGACGUCUCAGAUGAACUGUAUAAUGAGUUCAGGAAGUACGACAAGUUGUUCCCACGUCUGGCUUACGCCGUACUGACGCCAAAAGGCAAGAUGGAAGCUGAAAGGCUAAAGAGGCUCUUCUGGAACAUGCUUUCCAUAAAGAGAACCCUACAGAAAGAAAAUAUCAGCGGAUGGAUCACCGACCAGUUCCAGUAUAGAGCUGAAAAUGGGAUGACGGAAGCUAUGCAAGACAGGUUCAUGUUUCUUCUCUUGUGGGCCUCUCAGGGUAAUACAGGACCCGCGUGUUUCUGGCUCCUUCUUUUCCUCAUGAAAGACCCAGAAGCCAUGAAGGCCGUCAACGAGGAAGUUCAAAAAGUUCUUAAGGAAACCAACCAAGAAGUCAAACCUGGCGGACCACUCAUCAACCUCACCAGAGAUAUGCUGCUGAAGACCCCGAUUCUGGACAGCGCGGUGGAAGAGAGCUUGCGUAUUACAGCCGCUCCUGUCCUGGUAAGAGCCGUCAAAGAGAGCCUGAACCUCAAAAUGUCCAGCGGGAAAGAGUAUGCCAUCCGUAAAGGUGACCGCGUGGGUCUUUUCCCGUACACUGCGGUCCAAAUGGAUCCAGAGGUCCAUCCGGAGCCGGAAAAGUUCAAGUACAACCGCUUCCUGAAUGAGGAUGGCACCAAAAAGACUGAGUUCUACAAGAACGGGAAACGACUGAAGUAUUUCACAAUGCCGUGGGGAGCCGGGACCACCAUUUGCCCCGGGCGUUUUUUCGCAAUCAACGAACUCAAACAGUUUGUGUUUCUUAUGCUCUUGUAUUUCGAGUUUGAGCUUGUGAAUCCCAACGAAGAGAUUCCACCCAUCGACCCCAACCGUUGGGGUUUUGGAACCAUGCAACCCACCAAAGAUGUCCAGUUCAGGUACAGGUUACGCUACUAGACCACGAAGACAACAUCCUCAACAGGACCAUCAUUUUUACAUUUUAU